AUAAGUUAUAGGGAUUUAGUAAACGUCAGGUGCAAGGUCACCAUAAUUAACCUCACAAUUUAGCAACUAAUUAUUAUUAAAAAAGACUAUUUAUUUAUACAAAUUCGUUCAUUAGUUUUUGUUAAAGCAUAGCAUUAACAAGUUUAGAACAUGUCAUCAACAGUAGUCCAAUAUAUAAUUGUGAGAAGUGACUUAGUGAAAGAACUAGGCUGGCCAAUUGGGGCAUUAAUAGCACAAGCAUGUCAUGCAGUAACUGCAACUAUGCAUUUAUUUAAAGAUGACGAACACUUGCAAAGUUAUCUUGCUAAUUUAGAAAGUAUGCAUAAAAUUACACUAGAGUGUUCAAGUGAAAAAGACUUAAGAGACCUAAGUGAAAAACUGACUGAAAAUAGCAUAGCACAUCAUUUGUGGAUAGAACAACCAGAAAACAUCCCAACAUGUAUAGCAGUUAAACCUUACCCAAAAGAACACAUCCAAAAAUAUUUUAAGAAAUUUAAUCUGUUAAAAUGAAUCUAACAUAAGGAUUAAAUAUAUAUUCAAUGUAA